AUGGCUGCACAGAUGGUCAGUUCUGCAGUGGCCCAGGAGGCUGUUAACCAAAUCUUAUCAAGAAUCAAGGAGGGUUAUCAGGACAAGUCAAAUGCAAAGGAGAACAUAGAGAGGAUGGAGAUGGCACACAUCAAGCUGGAGGCCGCCCUUGAGACCUCCAACAAGUGGAACGUUACCAGCGUGCCACUGCUACGUUGGCGGAGCAAGCUCAAGCGCGCCUCACAGGAGUGCGACAACACUUUGCGCAGCUGUAGGCAGCGCUUGCAAGAAGAGGAAGAAGUACAGCAAGCGGUAAGGAGCUCCUCCUUUCCGAAGAGGAUCGCUCAUAAUGCCAUGUCGUUUGUUUCAUUAUUCUUUAGUCAUGGUAACGAUGAUGGGCUGAAGGGAUCCGCUGUCGCCCAGCGAUUUGAACGGUUUGCAGAAGGUGCGAGCGAAUUCUUGAGAUACGUGGAGCUUGGUGGAACACCACGCAGAUACAUGUUUUCCGACCCUCUUAUACGCCAUCUUAUCACUGGCAAAGGAACUAAGUAUUGCUUUGUUAGCAAUGGUCAACAUCUCUCAUUUCUUCUACAACCCUUUAGUUCACUACAAGAGCGUGGGAUGGAGGUUGGCCUAAUAUUGUUACUUGAAGAUACCAGUGCACCAGAGAAUGAUUUUGCUCUUGCCCUCAACUUACGGCUUUCGGAAAGUACAGAUAUAGUUAGGAUUGCAGUCGGAUGCCUGCACCUGUUCAUACCUUACUUAGGCUCAACAGUCGAGACUGUGAAGACAAAGCUCACUCAGGUACCAACACAAGACUUAUGCUGGGUGUCCGAUGCUUAUCCGGUUUUUAGCCAUUGUGUUGAACAGCAGAACAAUCUUCACACCAUGUGGUCCAAAUGGGUUCGACCGAACCCUAUUUGUUGCCAGCAGCAAGAUCAUCACUACUCCCAGAGCUACAAUUCCAAGAGCUCAUCGUCAGAAUCAUUGCCAUGUGAUAUAUACUUGGAACCCGUUAUCCAAGUGUAUUUGCUAGGCCAUGUUGCACUGUCUGUUGGGAACAACAUGCAGAGACCAGUCGCCGAUGGUGAAAGCAAAACAAGCCCCUUAUUGAGUGAAUUUCCUUAUCUGAAACUUGGAGUGCAUUUCUAUCCCCAUACCCCUUAUGAAGAUUUGUCACCUGGAGUCGAGGGUUCGGCAACUGAAAUGAUCAAUGGGGCAGCCGUGAAACAUGGCUUGUAUGCAAAAAUUUGCUUUGAACAGUUGGGCGACUUUAUGAUACCAAAGGCAGUAGAUUGCCUUCACGAGAGUGCGGCAGCUACCUCGUAUCAGAUGCUUUGGAAGUCCAAGCAUGGUGGCGCGUACCUUCAUGUCGAGAAAAUCUCAUGGGGACUAACCACUAGGAGAGGCAUGUGUGGAAAACAUCCUAAACAACGACAGGGCAAGAAGGUACAGGGAUGGGCAAGUGCGAACAAAGAUUUCUUGAGCUCGUGGGUUGCCCACGCGCCUGCCCACUUGCAGGGCACAGUCAUGGACUGGGUUCAAAAAGAAAAGCGAUUGCCGCUACCAUUAUUAUUUAAAAAUAAUCCCUGUGUCGAUGAUUGUCCAAUCAUGUUGAUUGCUUCGCAAUAUAAUAGAUCUUUAGCAAGGAAAAUCAAAUCGUGCAGGAUGUCCAAUGCCUAA